CUUUUUCCUAUAAAAAGAUCCGCGAAGCGCCUCUUGCGUCAUAUUUUCGCGCCGGCUGCCGAGACUGGAGGACAUGAAGGAGCAUGGGACACCUUGGACGGUUAUUUAUCUUUAUAUCUUGCAUCACCCAGCAUCACGUUUUAGGUUACAGAGUCCCUGCCUGCCGUGAGCCAUUGGACUUCAGGUGUAGAGAUGGCUCGUGUAUCACAAGCAACAAACUUUGUGACAGACACCGCGACUGUGCUGAUGGAUCAGAUGAACAGCACUGUGGUCAGCUGAGGUGUAAAAAGGACGAGUUCUCCUGCCUUAGUAGCAGACAGUGCCUCCCCACACACUUGUCGUGUAACGGCGUGAAGGACUGCAGCGAUGGUAGCGACGAGGACUCAUGUCCGAGCUGUGCCACCGGCCUCUUCUCCUGUGGGUGGUCCGACGGCUGCCUGAGCUCGCUCAGGCUGUGUGACGGGCGCAUGGACUGCAAAGAUGGGCGGGAUGAGAGCCAGGAGUUAUGCGGUCUGAAGCGAGCCCGCACGCAGAGCGCUCCCUCCUGUCAGGCGUCCGAGUUUGACUGCGGCGACGGCCAGUGCAUCCUCCAGACUUGGAGGUGUGACAAUCACGCUGACUGCUCAGAUGCCAGCGACGAAGACAACUGUGAGCAGAACGAGUGCCUCGUCAAUAAUGGUGGGUGUUCCCAUCGCUGCGUGGACACACGGAUGGGCUUCCACUGUGAAUGUCCUCACCACAUGAAACUUGUCGGCAAUACUCACUGUGAAGAGGUGGACAUGUGCCUGGAGAGUGACGUUUGCGAUCAGCUGUGCAUUUAUAAUAAUGGGACUCUCGCCUGUGACUGCCUCGACGGCUAUCACAUGACUCCUGUGAGCACAGACUGCAAGGCCAAAGGGGGUGAUCCCCGGCUGGUUGUGUCCACAUCUCAAGGAAUUGUUGAGAUGGGCCUUGGCGGUGCAAUAUCCAGGAUGUUGGCAGUACAUGGACCACGACCUGGGCCUGUGGUCGCCUUGGAGUUCAACAACUCACUGUACCUGGCCCAGCAAGGACAGGUGUCCGUUUACAGGGUCCACAUAAAUGGAGAAGCCCAGGAUGCCACAUUGGUAUUGAAGGUUCCCAGUCCUAUCUCAGGCCUUACUGUAGACUGGAUCCAUCAUCUUCUCUACUGGACCAGUUUGAAGAGUGAUUCCAUUAAUGUCAGCCUACUUGAUGGGUCCACACAGCGCCCACUCAUCACGGGACUGGACACGCCUUGUGCAAUCACAGUGGACCCGCUAAAUGGCUUACUCUUCUGGGCCCAGUGUGGCAGCUCACCAAAAAUCGAAAGGGCAAACUUGGACGGCCAGGACACAAUGACGAUAGUCUCUUCUCUAUUAAGUCACCCGAUCGCUCUUACUCUGGAUAUGCCUCGCCGUUUGCUGUACUGGCUUGAUAGGGGCAUGAGAAGCAUUUCCAGAGUCACUCUAGAUGGGAGUCACCGCAAAACGGUGAUUGAGUCAAACGGCUAUCUGGAUCAGCCUUUUGGUCUGGCUGUGUUUGAGGCUUUCGUAUACUGGAGUGACCGAGACACACACUCCAUCUGCAGAGCCAACAAGCACAGUGGCAGUGACUUCCAGUUAUUGCUGACCAAUGUCACCUCACCAAGCGGCAUUGCCAUCCUUCAGCCUGCUCUUCAACCUCACCGCAAUGUUGCAUGUGGUGGCCCCGGGAGGUUGUGCACACACGAGUGUGUCGUUGAUCUCCUUUCGGAGACUCCCAGCUUCCGCUGCACUGGAAUUCCUGCAUCGCGUUUAUCUGAUCCUGAAUUCGCUGGAAUCCUCACUCUAAUUGUUUUUCUGAGUGUGCUGCUGGUGGGAACAGUUCUGUGGUGGUGGAGGGAGGAGUUCCGGCCCGCCAGGAAUUCGACUGCGCAAAGUUUCUCCCUCAAAGAGUCCCACGACUUGCUCAUCCAGGGUCCCCGUGCAUGUCUCGGCAAGGAAACUCUAAAGCUGGACUUGGACAGUGAAUGAAUACGCUGUGACACACAUGGCCGGAUGCCUGCACCCAAUAUCGUCGCACCACCCCCUCCCUUCCUCCGUGAGCUGCUGUGACUACCAGCUGGUGACUCUGCUGUGGCCCAUUUCUCCUUGUGGCUUCCGAAAGAACUGACAAUCAGAGGUUUCAUGAGGUCAUUUACGCAUCGGCCUCCAUUACUUUCACCUCUUGUGACUCCAUGUUGAUUUAUUGAGCUUGGUCACUCCUGAAAGCGCUACGGACUAUACUUAGAAUAGCAGUAGAAAUUACCUCAAGACCUUCGUUUUCCUUUAUUAUCAAGUUUAUUGGUUCUGAUGUACCAGCAGUGUUUCAGCUGUAGAUAAGAAGCAGGCAAAGCUUUUCUCAUUAAGAUCUGAAAUAAGCUUGUUUGUUCAAUACUUGAAAACGGCCCCCCCAGGUGUUGAAAUUCUCAAAUCUGAGGAUUGACUGUUAUCACCUUUUUUUUGGAGACAGCUCCUCCAUUAUGGUUAUUUUUUGUUUUCCUUAAUUACUUGGUGGUGCCUUUUAUCCCCCCCCAAAAAAAACAGAUAGCCAAUGAAUGUUACAUUAUUUUCAUUCCCUAAACAGGAUUUGCUGUCUGCCUCAGAUUUGUAGGUAUAGAUGAGAUGUUUUGACGAGCAUUUUGUAGUUUUCAGUUUCUGUGGUCUUAUGCUCGUGCCCAGUGAAAUAUCACUUUGCAUGUGUAAAGGCCCGGGUAGUCUUUUCUUUUCUUUUUUUUUUUUUUUUUGUCUAAGUUACCAAGAACAAAAAUCUGAUCUGUACAAAGAAACUUAAAAGUAUAACCAAAAUUUUGACACAAACUGCUGUUUAGUCAUUUAUUUAAAGAGAGGCUUACAUUUGCAUAAGUUCUCUUGCACUUUUGUUAUUUGCACCAGAAGUGAAAUUGGCUGUAAAAAUAAAUAAAUCUAGUUGUGUCUUUUUCUUGGG